AUGGAGCUUUUGGCAUUGCUUAUCCUCUGCAUAUCAGCCAUCACCGUACGCGCCGUCGACCCAAUUAUUGUGCAAGAGCAGGAGUUCAUCAACGCCGUAUCUCAUAAUCGAUUCGUAAUUAUAGGCAUAGACUACCAGCCAGGUGGAGAGGGCGCAUAUGGAACGGGGAAUGGUGAUCCUUUGAGCAACGCAACAGCAUGUCUGCGGGAUGCUGCGCUCAUGCAACAGCUUGGGGUGAACACCAUCCGCGUAUACAAUGUCGACCCUAUUUACAAUCACGACGAUUGCGCAUCCAUAUUCAACUCCGUCGGCAUCUACAUGCUCAUCGAUGUCAACUCGCCAUUGUCUGGUCAAUCACUGGAUAGGUCAAAUCCUUCCGGAACAUACACAACCAACUAUCUCAACCACACAUUCUACGUUGUGGAAGCGUUCAAAUCAUACCCGAACACAUUAGGCUUCUUCGCUGGAAACGAGAUUAUCAACGAUGUCACUACCGGUCAAGCUAAUCCACCGUACAUCCGAGCAAUUCAGCGUGAUUUGAAGAACUACAUCGCUGCGCACUCGUCACGGACGAUACCCGUCGGUUACAGCGCUGCAGAUGUGCGUCCAGUGCUGCAGGAUACUUGGGCGUACCUUCAAUGCAAUAACGCAAACGGCAACGGACUUGAUCUCUCGAGAUCAGACUUUCUGGGGCUCAACAGUUACAGCUGGUGUGGUGAUGCUACUUACACCAGCUCCGGGUUUAACCAGCUAGUUGAGAUCUUCGGGAACACUACCAUACCAGUGUUCUUAAGCGAGUAUGGAUGCAACAACCCAGAGCCACGUCACUUCAACGAGGUCCAGGCGCUGUACGGCCCGCAAAUGACGGUAAUGUCUGGUGGUCUCGUGUAUCAGUGGACGCAAGAUACGGCGAAUUUCGGCAUCGUGCAGGCUUAUAGUAACGCCACUGUUCAGCUCCUAAAUGAUUACAACGUACUUAGUGCGCAGUAUAGCAAGCUCAAUAUCGCCUCGCUCGAGUCAGCGAACAGCACUGCCACGAGUCUCCAGCCGCCGCAGUGCAACGCGAACCUGAUAUCCGCCGAUGGCUUCAGCACGAACUUCAACAUACCGCCGCCGCCUCCUGGUGCCGCCCAGCUGAUCUCUUCGGGCGUCCCGAAUCCACCCUCCGGAACGAUCAGACCCGUCACGCAGACAAGCGUGCAGGUUGCCGUAUAUGCGACGGAUGGAGCGCAGAUCCAGGGAUUGAAGAUACAGGCCGUCUCUUCGGCAGAACAUCCCGGACAAGCCGCUGCGAUAUCGACAGCUUCCGCAUUGGCCACAGCUGCCGCGUCAAGUGCAGCUACGAGCUCGAGUGCAGCUACCAGCUCAAGUUCGGUCACCAGUUCAAGCAUGGCUACUAGCACAGGAGUGGCUGCCGGCUCAAGCGCGGCCACCAGCUCAAGUGUGGCUACGAGCACAGGGGCGGCCUCGAGCUCAGGAGUGCCUUCGAGUUCAGCGACCGCUACAGGCCCAGGAGCAGGUACCAGCUCAGGUAUGGCUAAGACCUCAAGCAUGGCCACCAGCUCAGCGGCCAACAUUGCGACAUCGGCCACUGCCUCUGCAGCUGCAGCCGCAGCCAGUGCGACCCGUACUGGUGGUGUCAGGAAGAUGGAUGCCGGGCUAGCAGGCAGUGCCUUUGCCGUAGCCGCCAUGGGCGUGUUUGCUUUUGCAGUUUGA